GUGCUUUUGUAAAUACACUUAAUUUCGUAGUGCCAGAAAUAUUAACAGUGAUUCAUAGUUAAAUGAAUAUUACUAUAACGUAUUAAUCCUUAUUAGAAAAGUCGUAUAACAAAUUUUUAUCUAUUUGACUAUUUUUUAAUAUUUAGAUUUUAUAUCUGUAAUAAAGAUUUUUUCACCUAGAACAUUAUAAUAAAUUGAUUCUAAUUAUUAAUAUCGGUCCUGAAUUAGGUUGAAAAUGCUACGUCCAGACACUGUAACUCAACCUGUGGAUAACUUAUUUACAAAUAUAAAUAAAAUCAACAUUGACAUUUUAUCAGAAUUACAAAAAGAUGUGAAUCCUUAUGAUAUGGUUUCCUUGGUGUUUCUUUUAUAUGAUACUCCUGAUACAGCACUUCAGAGAUUAAUUUUAUACCAAAGAGUUUCAAAAGAUGUUGAAGCCAAUAAUAUGAACUUGCUGUAUGACUGGGCACUUUAUGCACAGUCUCGAUCUACCUGGAGAUACGAGUUUCUAGAAGCUCUCGCUAUUUGUAGGCUUUACAAGGUAAUCAGAAAACUGGGCUUUAAUGUUUCUAAUGUAAAAAAGCAUUACUUGCCAGAUAACAUUUAUGUUACGGUCUACAUAGAUCCUGUUAAAAAAGCUUUGUAUAAAAUAUGUGAAAAUAUGACAUUGGAACAUUUAUCAAAGUUCAAAAGAACAUUAAUUUCAUACAAAAUAAAUAUCUCAGAGCAUGACAUGUGUGAAAUUAUAUUCUUAGAACUUAUGAGUCAAAAAUUUAUAUUAUUAGGACAAUAUGACAAAGAAACAAAGAAGUACAAUGGUAACUAUGACAUUGAAGAACUUGCAGUAAUAUUUGAUAACUUAAGCCAUUUUGGUAAAUAUGCAACAAUUUUAAGAGAAAUAAAGAACCAGACAAACAGCCAAAACAAUCUGGAUUCUUCAAAACAAAUGACCAGUGUUGAUAAUAAACUUACCUCCAGAGUAAAUAACUCUCUAAUCCAGAGUAAAACAACUGUUAAUGAUUUUAAAGAAACAUUUGAGUACUUCAAUCAGUUACAAUUAGAGGAAGAAUUCGAUUCAAUCUUUAAAUCAGAUAGAAGUAAAUUAGGAACAGAUGCUUAUCCUUUAAAGAACCUUAAACGAAUUGGUGUAUGUUGUAUUAUAAAUCAAGAGAAAUUUCAUCCAUCAAAAGACAGUAUCAAGCACAGAACAUCUGCAGUGUUAUCCGAUCGUGUAGGAUCCACAUAUGACCUUAUAGCUUUAGAAGAGACAAUGACCUUGUUAAAUUUUGAAGUAAUAAGUAAAUCUAAUUUGGAUCAAAUUGAAGUAUUUCAAUUUAUAAAAGAAGUAAUUAAGAAACAUACUUGUGCUGAAGAUAGUGUAUUUAUGCUUUGUAUACUCUCUCAUGGUGUAAGGGGACAUGUAUAUGCCGCAGAUUCGACCACAAUAAAAAUUGAAGAUAUUAAAAAUUUAUUAGACUCUGAUGAAGCAGUUCAACUUCAUGGUAUACCUAAAGUCUUAAUCAUCCAAGCAUGUCAAACUGAAUCAGAACUAGACAUCUAUAGCAAACUAGUAGCUGACAGUCCUAGAUCAGAUUUCUAUUUGAAAAAGACACACUUCCUUGUAUUCUGGGCCACAGCUCCCUCGUAUGAAGCUUUUAGAAAUGAAGAUAAAGGUUCAUUGUUUAUACAAUCCUUAUGUCUGCUCAUUAAGAAAAAGGUUGAGCAUGAACAAAUAUAUGAUAUCUUUACUAAAGUCAUAGAUUAUGUUUCACAUCUAUGCACUUAUCUGAAGCAACAUCAAGUGCCUUUUAUUGAAACUACAUUAAGAAAAAAACUAUAUUUAGCUAUACCUCAUUAAUUUAAAAAAAUAUAUUUGUUCCCAUUGAAAGAAUCAUAUACAAAUAUACUUAUGUUAUGUUGC